GUACUAACUGCGCAAACAGUGGGACGUACCUCCACUGAAUCUGUGGCGCAACAUUUCCCAUAAACGCUUUUCAUUUCAGGAAGUCUGGCAUUGAACUGUCAAGGCGCAGCAGCUUCCAACGAGAAAGAGUCGGAUUGUUGUUCCUGACGCUCAGUUAUGGAGUAAAAGGCUUCAGAGGGGACAUGCAGAGGUUAUUUUGAUUCUUGUCCUUAUUUGUUGGUUCAGAGCUCCUCCAGUUUCAUAGCUUUAAAAAGAACAUGUCUGCUGUUGUUGGUGUCAGACGCGUUGGCCACAGGAUGUACAUGAUCCUGCUUAUUUUGGGAAGGAUUUGGACUGCACUCACUAUCAGUGGGGCUGAUACAGGACUUAAUCUGCUCUGCACCAACGACUAUGAAGAAUCCAUGUCCUGUAACUUUUACGCACAGAACUGUUCCGACUACAGAAUGACUCUUAAAAAUGAGGAAGCGGAGGAGAAGUGCAGCUUCAGUCCAUGUGACAGAGGAUGUUGUUGCUCCAUCAAUAUGGUCCUGGUUGAUGGGGAGGUUUUUAUAGCCACUGUUCUGAAAGGAAACCAGAGUGUGGAGUCUAAACAGAUCAGUAUCCGAGACAGCAUAAAACCUAAAACUCCAUCAAUCGUCUCAGUGGAAGAAUUCAGAGGUAAUUUUGAGAUUCAGUGGAUGACAAAUGUGGUUAAAAAAUCCAUCCUUGAUGAUCUGAAGGCUGUGGUGACUUAUUGGAAAAAAGGAACAAAUGAAACGCAGAAAACUGAAAAUUUAACGGCAAACAUAAAUAAGCUGAGCUUCCAUGAAAUCAGUGGUCGAGACUUGGAGCCAAGUACAACGUAUGUGGUCAGUCUGAAGACCUACACACCUCUGAGUGGCAGAUUUAGUGACAGCAGCAAUGAGAAGGAAUUUACAACUGCUGUGUCACCCUUCAGUCUGCAGAUGGUUAUUAUCUUCAUCCUCAGUAUUGCUGCAAUCAUCGUCAGCUGUGCAAUAUUUGGCAGUUACGUAAAGUUGAAAACAAAUUGGUGGGACAGACCUGUCAAAUGUGAAAAACCAACAAUUCUAGAUAUACAACCAAAGACACCGAAGAUAUUGACGCCUGUGUUGCCCAUCAUCUACCCUGUCAGUGUUGAGCCCACUACUCCAGACGCAGGCAAAACAGGGUCAAAGGAGUCGCUGGCGUACAGCAGCAGUGGGAGUCCUAAAAGCAGUGGAAUCAGCAUGGGAUCCUCUUCUUCCAGCUAUGCUAACACCGAACCUGUUGAUGUUAUUAACAGUGUUAAAGCAGCCCUCAUGAAAACCUUCCCCAGUUUUGGCCCAGUGUCACCAGGGGCCACAAAUUUGCUCGAAGAAUCCGACAAAGACAGCGGUUUACUGUCCUCCACGUACAAUCCCUUUGAUGUCAGAGCUGAGGCUUCCAGUUCAGGUUCAUCCUGCUUUUACAAUAAGACCUACUCUAUUGUCAUACCCAGCUCUCCACAGCAGAUCUUGACCGGCGUCUCAGAGAUUCAGACACAGGCUGAAAUGCCUUGUGAGUCUGCGUACCAUCCUAGUGAGACUGACAUGUCGACCUGCCAGGCUCAGCCACUUAUUAACAUAUCACCAGUAGUUUCACCUGCCAUGACAACAGACAUGUCAUAUCAGCAGUGCAACAAUGCAGAUUCUGGGGGAUUUUCAUAUGCAGAAGAUUCCAGUCAGUCGUCCCUCUCAAGUGGAUCUGAGUCCCAGUGUGACGACUUUAAUGAAAUGAUGAGUGAUUGUAUGAAGGAAAACAUGCCUGGUGAAGAGGUCACUAGGUGUGAUGAAAACCCAUGCUAUGGUGGUGUUCCUCAGGACUUACACAGCUCUCCUCUAGUGGAUUAUGAGUAUCAGGCAUUUCAAAGUGUUGUCAAACAACCUGAUAUUGUGAUUCCAGAGAGCAGAUACAGUGAAAAUGCUCCAGAUGAGUCAAAACCAAUACUGCCAGAAAUAAUGACUAACACCCAGAGUACUGUGGGUCUGCCUGUGUGUCAAAGACCUAUUUUGCCUUUUAUUUCUGCUGACCAGUCUACGUCUUUGUUUGUAGACAGUGGUUAUCAAAGUGUCUAGUGCAGAGUGAGGAUUUAUUGUGAAAUUUUGUGCAUCAGUGAGAAAUGGGGAAGAGACAGACAGACUGCUGUGACUCAUAUGAUCCUGAAUGUGUUUUAAUGAUGUUACUGAACUGAAACCACAACAAAACAAAGUCCUAUAAUGGUCUAUAGAAAAUUCAUUGAGGGAUUUUAAAUGCAGAAUGGUUUUUAAAUUAUGUGUUUGCAUUUAUCAUUUUAUACUUGCCUUCUAUUUUCAUGUGAUAUCAUGUGCUAUCCUUUCUUUAAGAUGGUUAAUUGCGCUGCAGCUUAUCUUGGCCAUAAUGCUCCUGUUCCUGGUUAAAAAAAAAAGAAGAAAAAAAAGCAUAAUGUAAUAUCAUACAUAACCCCACAUUUCUUACCAAAAUUUACUGUGUGGAUUACUUGAAUAUGUUUCAACACAUUUCCAUGACAACUCCAAUCACUGCUGCUGCUGAUGGCCAAAUAUGUAGAAAAUAUGUGUGAAUAUAUGGCCAAACACUCCAGAAAGAGAACAAAUAGAUGUUGACGUGACGUUGUGAUACGAGCCUUUAAUACCUGAAUGUAUUAAAGGUUAGCAUGGAUAUAUUCUCUUCAUUACUUUGAUGUGAAACAGGUUUAUUUUGAGGUAAUUGUGCUCAGUGGAUUCUGUACAGGUGUUUUUAUGUUACUUGAAAACCUUUUGUAUUAUCGUUUUAAACCUUAAGUGUGUGCAUAAAUAAGUCAUGAAAAUAUUAUACUUUAAUACUAAAUGCAACUGUUUUGAACCCAAUAAAUUCUCUGUUUUCUUAUGGCUGCUGUUGUCAGUUUAUGUAGUGCAUCAGUAUCACAUGUGAUACGUACGUAACAUGAUUUCUUUUUCAAAUUAAAACCAGUCUCUGAAUGUUAUAUGAAAUGAAAACCACGCCAUGUGAAGUCAACCAUUAUGUCCACAGCUAGCAAAAUGUUAAUGAUCCCUAAUUCACUUUAGAGCCGUUUUUGGUCACAAAAAAAUGUGGACACUUUUGAUGAUCAAAUCCUGACAAGCAAGUAUUGAGAGUUCCAAAGAAAACUGCAGUAUAAUGGACUGAAUACUGCAGUGAGAUACAAGAGUCAUGCAAUUUGUAUUGUGACUAAUGCAGAGGUGGUGCUACUGAGCGUUAUGAAAUUACUUCCUCAUUGCCUUUCUCUGGAACUGCUGAACUACUUCCACAGAAGCAGAUGUCAUCUAGUGUAUAAACAAAUCAACAAAAAGGAAUGAAAUAUGUAAAUUUGAAACAUGUUCCAAUAAAAGAUACGAUCUUGA